AUGAUGAGCGAACAACGGAACGGAAGGUCGGAGUCGGAGUCGGAACUUAGCGCAGAGCGACUGGCAGCGGAACCCACCCGCUGCCGCCGUAACAAGCACGGGGCAACGACUUUCCAGCAAGGUAGGAACAGCGACGAACCAUCAUCCCGCAUCAAAAUGGCCGACCAAAAAGCUACCCCCACCAACCCUAUGAAGGAGCCUCGUAUCGAGAAGCUCGUGAUCAACAUCUCCGUCGGUGAAUCAGGAGAUCGCCUUACCCGAGCCUCGAAGGUGCUGGAGCAGCUGACCGGCCAAACGCCCGUCACUUCAAAAGCGCGCUACACCGUCCGCACGUUCGGUAUCCGUCGUAACGAGAAGAUCGCCGUGCAUGUCACCAUCCGCGGGCCCAAGGCAGAGGAAAUCCUGGAGCGCGGGCUGAAGGUGAAGGAGUACGAGCUGAGGCGCAAGAACUUCUCGGAGACGGGCAACUUUGGGUUCGGUGUCCAGGAGCACAUCGAUUUGGGCGCCCGGUACGACCCCGGUAUUGGUAUCUUCGGAAUGGACUUCUACGUUGUGAUGGGACGCCCAGGUGCACGGGUAGCGAGGCGGAGGCAGCAAAAGGCGCGAGUUGGGUUCCAACAUCGCAUCAAGAAGGAGGAUACGAUGGCUUGGUUCAAGCAGCGCUUCGAUGGUAUCAUCCUGAAAUAA